GUAACAAGAAAAGAAAAAAAACCCAAAUUGGACCCAACAUAGACACCCAGUUGAAAAUCUUCAUCUCUUUUUUUUCUUUCUUUCUAUCAAUCUCCGAUCUUUCCUUAUUUCUUAAUUCAAUUAAUAAAUCUCAUUUUCUUUCACACUUUUCUGAUUUUUGUUUCUUGAUUUUUCCCCUAUCAUCAUAAUCUCAGGCUUCAAUCUCAGGAUUAGGUGGUGGUGGUGCUUGUGAUGAUAUGAUAUGAUGAAUCAAGGAGGUGGAGGAGUUACGGAUACUAUAACUACUUCGGAUUCUAAUAUUUCACUUGAGCAUCAUGCUGUUGAUCCAAACAACGCACAAGUACCAUCUUAUUAUGCCCCAGCUACCGGCUCUGAAUCUGCAGCUUGGACCAGCUACAACUAUGAUCAACGUUCAGAACCCCAUUCAAAUCCACAGGCAUCUUCUGGUACCGUAUCAAGUUCCGGAGCAGCUAGUGUAGAGUAUGCGAACUAUGCAGCGUACCCAAAUAGUGAUUCAUAUGGAUAUGGAAACACAAAUUAUUCAAGUUACUAUAGUAGUUAUCAGCAGCAGCCAAAUCAGUCGUACCCUCAGCAGCAGACAAAUCAAUCAUACCCUCAGCAGCAAGCUAGUCAAACAUAUGGUCAACCUGCAGGAGCUUAUCAAAGCACAGGUGCUCCUCAUCAGCCUAUUUCCUCAUUUCAGAAUACAGGGUCCUAUGCUGGUCCCGCAAGUUAUUCAACAACUUAUUACAAUCCUGGUGAUUAUCAGACAUCUGGUGGCUACCCAACUACGAAUUACAAUACCAAUCAGACGAACACGUGGAAUCAAGGAAGCUAUGUGGGUUAUAGUCAUCAAUAUUCAAAUUAUAAUGCAGAACCUAACGGUGUUUAUGCUGCUCAAAGUGAUCCUGCAGCACCUCAAUAUCAACCAGAUUAUAGUAAACAAUGGGCAGAUUAUUACAGCCAAACGGAAGUCACAUGUGCCCCCGGGACAGAAAAUGUAUCUUCUACCAGUGCAUCCAAUUUAGUGACUCCCCUUCCUGCUGUUGCCAAUGGUUACUCUGCUCCAAGCAGCCACCAACCGGUGGCAUCUUCUGCUCCAUCAUCUUGGAGGCCAGAACCUGGCUUAUCUGAGUUGUCCUCAGUGCAGCCUAGUGUACCAAUUAACAAUGCCCAUGAAGGUUAUUGGAAACCAGAGGGUCAAAAUUUCCAGCAUUACCAUGUUAGUUCUACACAGUCGAACUUUCAGAAUCCUUCGGAAUUGAAUCCUGUUCUGGGAAGCUCCUAUAAUCAACAAAAUCCUGAAGUCCUUCAACAACAAAGUGUACAAUAUUCAGCUUCUCAAGCUGUGGCCCAGAGUUAUCAGCCAACUCUACCCCCGCCUCCUCCAACUUCUGCACCCUUUGAUACAGUUAGGGUAAGCCAAAUGCAGAUUCCAACAAACCCUAGAAUCUCUUCCAAUUUACACAUGGGUUUACCAAAAAACAAUAAUGCUUCAACUGGGGUCACGAAACCUGCUUAUAUCAGCGUCUCGCUUCCAAAGCCUAAUGAUAAUGCAUCAUCACAUGCUCCUGCAGAUUCUUCUCUUAAGCCUGGUGUACUUCCCCCGUCACUGCGUGGAUAUGUAGAAAGGGCUUUAGCUCGUUGCAAGGAUGAUAGACAGAUGGCGGCUUGUCAAGAUAUCCUGAAGGAGGUUAUUACCAAGGCAAGUAAUGAUGGUACUCUGUCUACGCGAGAUUGGGAUACCGAGCCUCUUUUCACGAUUCCAGAUUCCAAUGUGAUUAAUAAUAAUAAUAGUUCAACACCUCCAUCAAUAAUGAAGAGCAGAAGAAGUCCAACUAGGCGUACAAAAAGUAGGUGGGAGCCUCUGCCAGAAGAGAAAUCAGUUGAGAAACAAGCGUCUUUUACUCCCGAUAGUUUUAAAUACAGUGGGUCAAGUCAUAACAACGAAAGGGAUGAUCAGUUUUCAACUGGAAAAUUAGAGAAGAAGGAGAAUAAAUUUAGCAACCUUGCAUUUUAUAUAUCAAAUAAAAAAGAAACAAAUAAAGCAGGUCUUAGGCCGGCUAAGAGGCAACAUGUUGGUGAUGGCCGGAUUGGAUCCAAUAAUGGUGACUCAUCCAGUGAUAGUGAUAAAGAACAAAGCCUCACUGCAUAUUACACAGGUGCAAUUACACUUGCAGAUUCUCCCGAGGAAAGAAAGAGGCGUGAAAGUCGUUCAAAGCGUUUUGAAAAGAAUCAUGGAAAUCGAGCAGCAUCCAAUCUUGCAAGAACAAAAAAUGCUGGAGCUGGAAACUUGUACUCUAGAAGGGCGUCUAUAUCUGUGUUAGCAAAUAGUACCGGUUUGGAUGAUGGUGCUGCCAGCAGGGCAGUUGAAGAUAUUGAUUGGGAUUCUCUUACUGUUAAAGGAACUUGCCAAGAAAUUGAGAAACGCUACUUGCGCCUCACCUCUGCCCCAGAUCCGGCUACUGUAAGACCAGAAGAGGUAUUAGAAAAAGCUUUGCUUCUGGUUCAAAAUUCUCAGAAAAAUUACCUUUAUAAGUGUGACCAACUAAAAUCUAUUAGGCAAGAUCUUACAGUACAACGGAUACGCAAUGAGUUGACCGUCAGGGUCUAUGAAACUCAUGCACGAUUAGCAAUAGAAGUUGGAGACUUAUCCGAGUAUAACCAGUGCCAGUCACAAUUGCAGACCCUUUAUGCCGAAGGAAUAAAGGGAUGCGAUACGGAAUUUUCUGCAUACAAUUUACUUUGUGUGAUCUUGCACUCUAAUAACAAUAGAGAUCUCUUGUCGGCAAUGUCUAGAUUAUCUUUAGAAGCAAGGAAAGAUGCAGGGAUAAAACAUGCUCUUGCAGUUCGUGCAGCUGUCACCUCUGGGAACUACGUAUUGUUUUUUAGAUUAUACAAGACUGCUCCUAAUCUGAACACCUGCCUAAUGGAUCUUUAUGUUGAGAAGAUGCGCUAUGCGGCUGUGAAAUGCAUGACUCGUUCAUAUCGUCCAACACUCCCAGUGUUUUAUGUGGCUCAGGUCCUUGGCUUUCAAUCAGCUGAAAUGUCGGAAAAAGAUACAGGAGGGUUGGAGGAGUGUACAGAAUGGUUGAAAGCUCAUGGUGCAUGUCUCACAAUGGAUAAUAACGGAGAGAUGAUGCUUGAUUCGAAGGCUUCAAUGGCUACUCUGUUUAUGCCAGAGCCGGAUGAUGCAGUGGCUCAUGGAGAUGCCAGUCUUGCCGUUAAUGAUUUUUUGACCCGUUCAUUAUCAUAAGCCUGUAAACUAACGCCUGGAUCCCAGAAACUGGCCUGGAAUUUAUACAUGGCAUGGUUUAUAAGAGGGGAUCAAUAGUGUAUGAUCACGAUAGAGAAAAUUCAGUGAGUUGAUAUAAUAUGUUGUUUUUGUUAGAAAUUAGAUCUUCAUUCUUUUCUAUAGAGGCACAACGUGUAAGGUAAACUGGAUAAAGCAAGUUAUUGUGUUAGUUUUAUAAUUUAAUUUCCAUGUGUUGAUAUCAA